CCAACUACCUAACCCCAUCUAUAGCAAUCCAAGGGCCAUUCCAUCAUUGCCGAAAUGCAAACCAAGUCCCUCUAUCCUCUAUUGUAACCCGUACGAUUGGUGCCCACAUGUUACUGCUUAGCUGCCACUCUUAGCUUCUUCUCCAAUAAUUUAUAUACUCGGACCUCCGCGCCCAUCUUUCUGCAAUUCAAUCUACUCCUUCUCUCCUCACUUCGUAUACAUAUACAGCUCAUCUCCAUACACAUCAUCUUUUGUGUAUAUAUCCUCAUCCAUAACCACCACACUACACAUCCUUAUACCAGAGAAGAACAUCCACAUCACCAUCACAAUGGCCACCACAAACGGCACCAACGGCGUCAAUGGCGCUGCCCCCCAGACCAACGGCAAAUCCAAGUUCGACCCCAACUUCACAGACCAUGUCAUCGGCCUCAUGAGCCCAGAGACCGACCCUCGACAAAAGGUCAUCCUCACAUCCCUCAUCCGCCACAUGCAUGACUUCUGCCGUGAGGUCGAGCUCACACAGGACGAAUGGGUCAUUGGCGUCAACUACAUCAACUCCCUUGGCCAGGCAUACAAGAAGAACAGGAACGAGACAUGGCGAGUCUGCGACAUUCUCGGAAUUGAAUCACUUGUCGACGAAAUCAACCACAAGAUCCAAACCGACGAAGGCAAAGAGCCCACCUCCUCCACCAUCCUCGGCCCCUUCUGGUCGCCCGAAACCCCCUUCCGCGAGCUCGGCGCCUCCGUCGUGCAAAACAUGCCCAAGGACGGACAGCUCACGAAAUUCCACGGCGUGAUCCGGGACGUCGACACCGGCAAGGGCAUCCCGAACGCCGUAUUCGACAUGUGGCAAGCAUCCACCAACGGCAAAUACGACGUCUUCGACCCUGAGAACCAGACCCGGCACAACCUGCGCGGAAAAUUCAAGACGGACGCCGAGGGCCGCUUCUGGUUCUACUGCCUCAAGCCCACGGAGUACGCAAUCGACACGUCGGGCCCGUCCGCAGAGCUCCUCCGCAUCAUGAAGAGGCACCCGUACAGGCCCGCCCACAUCCACAUGAUGGUCACGCACGACGACUACGUCGGCGUCACUGCGCAGCUGUACCCCAGCGACGACCCUUACCUCGAGACCGAUACCGCGUGCGCUGUCAAGGACGACUUGCUGCUGUACUUCAACCCCGUCAAGGACGAGCCCAACGGCGCCAUCUUGGACGUCGAGUACAACGUCAGGCUUGUGUCGAAGAAGUACAAGCCCGAUUCGACUAUGUUGAUGGGCAAUGCUAACCAGAAUAAAUUCUAAAUCUGAUCCGCAUUCGUAGUCGCAUGUUACUUUCUUUCUUUUUUUUUCUUGUACGCUCAUCUUUCGACGUUUUGAUGACGAAACUUUUCACGCAUAUCCUCAAAAAAUGGCUUCUUGUCCAUAGCAUGCAUGCAUCGGGCUUUGCAAAAUUGUACAUAGUAGAUACCAUUACCUUACCACUCACAAAUGAAUCCC